AUGGCGGCCGAGCCCUCGGGGCGGACGUCGGCCGGACGCGGUCCCCUCCGCCGAGCUCCGCGGCCUCCCCGCCCCCGGAAGAGCCGCGCGCCGGAAGUGGGCGGGGCGAGCGGCAGGCCGACUGCGCAGCCGCGGGUCCCGGUUCGCCCCGCCCCCCCCGCCCCCGGCCGCUGGCCCCACCCCCCCGCCUCCCGGCGCGACGAGGGCGCGGCUCAGUGCGCGUGCGCGGGGGGCAGGGGGCGGGCUGCGGGCGGCGCUCACGGCGGCUCGGUGCGCCUGCGCGGCGGCGGGGGCGCGUCCUGCCUGGGGCGCGGGGCGCGGGGCGCUGGGCGCGGGGACCCCGAGCGUAGGGCGCUGAGCGGGUCGGGCGGGGUGCCCCGGGGCCGGGUGGCGGUGCCGCCGCCGGAGAACGGCUCGCAGUGCAGCGGCCACCGGAGUCGGAGAGGCCGGGCGGGGGGGGCUCGCCCCGAGGGCUCGCAGGGGCGCCCCGGGGUCCGCGGCUCCGAGCGCGCCGGGAGGCUGCUGGGGGAACCCAAGCCCGUGCCAGUCGCCCCCAGGCUUUCUCACUUCUCACCGGGCUCGUUUUAUUUGCGGUCCGCGGUGCCAUCAGAGUCUGCCGCCACCCGGAGCACAUCCCUCUGGGCAGGUUCAGGCGUCACUCCCAGAAAGGCCACGCGGAAAAGGGGCAGAGCUGCUCCCGGCGGGUAG